AUGUUGGGAGCAGGCCUGGAAGGAGCCCAGCUCUUGCUCCGGGGGUUUCCUUUUCUCUGGACGGUUUUCUGUUUGACUUGCUUGCUUGGAUUCACGCAUGGAAAUCCUGAAGAUGUGGACGUCCUUCAGAGGCUGGGCCUGGUGGGACCAAGGACCUCCGACUUGUCGCCCUCUGUUCCUCAGGGAGUUGUUCCCUUCAGGUUGGGAGUCAUUCUCACCCAGCAGGCACGCAUCGAAGUGCCCUCCAGCUCGGUUAUCCCCGUCCCCGUUGGCACAGACCUGACUCUCGUCUUAAGCGUGUGCUCCUUCCGUGUCAACAGCGCUUUUCUAUUCACAGUCAAGAGCAAAAGGAAGAAAUUGCAACUGGGGGUUCAGUUUCUUCCGGGCAAGAUUGUCGUCUACGUCGGUCACAAGCGCUCCGUCUAUUUCGAUUACAACGUCCACGACGGACGGUGGCACAACUUUGCCAUCGAUAUCCGAAGCGGAACGGUUACCUUGCUGACCUCUUGCGGGAAAGAAAAAGUACACGCGGAUUUGUACAAUAAGAAAGAGAAGACCUUGGACCCGGAAGGCUCUUUCCUCUUGGGAAGACUCAACCAACGCUCGGUCCAGUUCGAAGGCGCUCUCUGCCAGUUUGAUAUUUAUCUUUCCACGACGGCAGCUCACAAUUACUGUAAGCAUCUGAAGAAACAAUGCAGACAAUUGGGUACCCUGCGACCGGACCUCCUGCCGUUUUCCCCGUUGCUGCCCAAAGAUCCUAGAACUUCUGAAAUGACUCCAAAACAGUUGGACUUUGCCAUGAUGGGCUUGAUGAAUUUGACCACUAUGAACCCUCCCUCGACGGUCUUCAAGACCCCUAUUUCUCGGAGGGAUAGGAGGUUGCAGGGAGCAUCGACCACUGUUCGAGUUCCUAAAGCACCAUCUGCAACACCAACCAUGAAGGUGAGGUCCACCGUGGCAUUGUCUCCCUCUCGGACCAUCACAGAAGCAUCGCAACCCAUCCGUAAUCUCCAACAGAACGCCACCGUGGCACAUCCGACUUCCAAAACAGCUCACCGGACAACCACCAGAGUUUUAGGGGGCGCUUCCACUGUGGAGAAACCUCUUUGGUCAACCCGCCCAGAUGUUCUGGCCUUCCCAAACUCAACUGUGAACUUUGGCGUGGCUCCAGAUAAGAAAGAGAUGAGGAAAACAUCCAAAAAGCUGAGUAGCCAAGGACCAACCAUCAGUACCAUAAAGCCGAUGAUGAAGAGCAGAAGGAACUCAUCCAGUAGCCGUUUUCCAGUCACCACAAAGCACAAGUUGGAAAAGGUCACCGGUGGCCCUGCACCAAAGGAGGUCGUGAUCCAGCCAGCGAUAAAGAAAUCCAGUCCUACCGUGGCUACUGUCUUCUACACCAAACCAGCGCUUGGAGGGCCUUAUCCUGUUUAUGAAACGCGUGGACCAAACUCAGAUUACAUCACUCUGGCUGCUGUAGAUAGCUUUCAGGAUUUCAACCCUGUGGGCCCCACCUUAUAUCCAUUUGUCAUUGGCCUCCCUGGUUGGAAAGGAGACCCAGGAUCCCCGGGUCCUCCUGGUUUACCUGGGAUCCCGGGCCUUCCUGGCAAGCGAGGACCAAGGGGACCUUCUGGCCCUCAUGGAAACCCUGGCCGUGCUGGACCACCUGGCAUGAAGGGCCAGAAAGGAGACCCUGGAUUAUCACCUGGGAAAGCACGGUAUGGUCAGAAGGGUCACAUGGGCUUACCUGGUUUGACAGGAUUUCCUGGAUCACCUGGUAGGAAGGGACAUAAAGGCUAUUUCGGUCCAACAGGCCACCCCGGGGAGCCCGGCAAUCGAGGUGUUCAUGGAAACCCAGGAGCCAAAGGUUAUCCUGGCAGGCAGGGAUUACCUGGACCGAUAGGGGAGCCUGGCCCAAAAGGGAGCCAGGGGUACAUUGGUCCACCGGGACUGUUGGGAAUGCCAGGGGCCGAUGGGGAAAGAGGAAUCCCCGGAGUUCCUGGGAAGAAGGGCCAGAUCGGUAGGCCGGGUUUUCCAGGCGAUAUGGGGGAACGUGGACCGCCAGGUAUUGAUGGAAACCCGGGAGACCUAGGAGUCCUUGGUCCCCCUGGAGUCCCCGGCCUUCUUGGUGAUGUAGGUUUUCUUGGAGAAAUGGGCUUCCCGGGACCAAAAGGACUAAAGGGGUUGAUGGGAAAUCCAGGAGAACAUGGACUGAAAGGUGAUAAGGGUGAGGAAGGGAUGGCAGGAAUUCCUGGAGAAAUUGGUUUCCAAGGGGACAAGGGUAACCAUGGAUUGCCCGGGAUACCAGGUUUACGAGGAAAACCAGGCCCAAUGGGAAGAGUUGGUGAAAAAGGUCCAGCUGGAAUUCCAGGUCCACCUGGCCCAGAGGGCUUCCCAGGAAGCAUCGGCCCUCCGGGAGAAAACGGCCCCGAAGGUAUUAAGGGAAAGCCUGGCGCGAGGGGUUUGCCUGGUCCCAGAGGAAUGCCUGGCCAAGAGGGCGAUGAAGGACCACCGGGUCCCUAUGGCCCCCCAGGGGAAGAGGGUCCUCCUGGGCAGAAGGGGUUUCCUGGCAAACCAGGCCCAGAAGGUUUAAAGGGUGAAGCAGGAGACCGAGGACGAGUGGGAAAAAUUGGCGACGAGGGUCUGAUGGGGUUCAUCGGUCCAAUCGGGGAACCUGGCGGUGUUGGGGAGAAGGGAGACCGCGGCACAGUUGGAUCACCAGGGCCAAUAGGCGUCAAGGGGUCGAUGGGUCACCCUGGAAUAUCGGGAGAAGUUGGGGAGCCUGGUCCCUCUGGCCCACCAGGGCCCCCAGGAUUUCGCGGCUCCCCGGGGAUAAGAGGACCGAAAGGCCGGCGGGGUGCUCGAGGUCCUGAUGGAACACCAGGUGAAGUGGGGCCCCAAGGACCGAAGGGCCUCCCAGGUCAUCCAGGUAAACCAGGAUUGGAUGGUCAAGAGGGAAAGAUUGGCGAAAUGGGAGAGAUCGGAUCUCGUGGCUUCCCUGGCAUCCAAGGAUCUUCUGGACCCCAAGGAGCAAAAGGACCUCCUGGAGACUUGGGACCCCAAGGCCCACCAGGUCCACCAGGAAUUAUGGGAGAAAUUGGACAUAAGGGACCUCCUGGUGCAGCAGGACAGCGAGGGCUUCCGGGAGAACCUGGCAUGAAGGGCGACUUUGGUCCACUGGGGAUUCCUGGAGAGCAAGGAUUGGUUGGCCAACGGGGAGAACCUGGUCUUGAAGGAGACAGUGGCUUAGCGGGACCAGAUGGACUCAAGGGUGACAAAGGACAACCAGGCCCAGAAGGGGAACGUGGAGACAAAGGGCAAGAUGGGGUCCAAGGAAAAGAAGGCCCCCCUGGUGUUCCUGGAACCCCGGGUGUCCGAGGUCCAGAAGGAAAACCUGGCCAUCAAGGAGAAAAGGGCAAAGCUGGACUUAAGGGCAGCAAAGGUCACGAAGGUCAGCUGGGAGAAACGGGCCCACCUGGACCUAUAGGUUCAAGAGGGACUCAAGGCCUCAAAGGAUCAAGAGGUACCCUCGGACUUAGGGGACCUCCUGGCCAAAUGGGUGUCCAAGGAGAGAUGGGAUUAAAAGGCUAUCAGGGACACACAGGCUCACCAGGACCCAUCGGAUUUCUUGGACCUAAAGGAGAAAAGGGAGAACAAGGUGAUGAUGGGAAAAAAGAGGGGCCCCCUGGACCACCCGGAGAGAGAGGUCCCACGGGCAACAGGGGAGAUCGCGGGGAGUCUGGAGACCCUGGUUAUCCUGGCCGAGAAGGAGUUGACGGAGAACGAGGAAAAUCCGGGCAGCAAGGUUUACCUGGGCAUCCAGGACCCCCAGGAACCCCAGGCCUGAAAGGAUCCAAAGGCACUCCGGGUCAACAAGGAAAACGGGGGCUACGGGGUGCAAGGGGCAGCCGAGGGUCACCGGGUUCUCUUGGUCUGCCAGGCCCUCGAGGCGUCAUUGGGCGAGAGGGACAAGAGGGCACUUCUGGAGUUGAUGGGAUCCCUGGAAAAGACGGCAACCGUGGGCAAAAAGGCGAACAAGGUGAGGAUGGGGAAGAAGGUACCCCAGGAAUGCCGGGGAAAAGAGGGAACUUUGGAGUCCCUGGUUUACCUGGAGCACAAGGCCCCACAGGAUUCAAGGGAGAAAGAGGUUUGCCUGGAGAGAUUGGUCCAUUGGGGAAAAGAGGUUCUCAAGGUGGAAUGGGACUCCCUGGGACCUCCGGUGAUCCAGGGACCAAAGGACAGCCGGGAGACUUUGGUGAAUCGGGAUUUCCAGGGAUUGCUGGACUCUUUGGCCCAAAGGGACCACCGGGAGAUCUUGGCUUCAAAGGCAUCCAGGGCCCGAAAGGGCCUCAAGGACUCUGGGGCCAAGAAGGUGUCAUUGGUCCAGUUGGGAUUUCAGGCCCACCAGGAAACUCUGGUCCUAAAGGAGAGAAAGGCAGCCAAGGUGAAGUGGGUCUCCAAGGUCCAAGGGGUAUCCCAGGGCCCCGAGGACCUCCAGGCCCCCCGGGCCCACCAGGAAUUCAAGCUGCAUUUGGGCAAGAUGACUUCGAUGUAGCUUUCCACUCCAUGUUGACUGCCAGCGCUGUCUUCAGGUCAGAGAGCUACGAACAGAUGGAUCUUCCAGCGAUGGAGCAAGGAGGGGAGAUCUUUAAGACCUUGCACUACCUCAGUGUCCUCAUCCAGAGCAUCAAGAGACCCCUGGGGACAAAGGAAAACCCUACCCGUAUUUGUAAAGACCUCAUGAACUGUGAACAAAAGAUGCAGGAUGGUAAGCCUUCAUCUGCUCCAGGAUGGACAGCAGACAGACAAAUGUCCUCCAAGAUCUACAUCAGUUGCGAUGCCCUAAAUUCUAGAUUUCAUUCCUUCAUGAACUUUCUGCCUAAAUGUAAUAACUCUGGGCAAUGUAUGGAAGAAUCUCAAUAUAUCUCCUGAUA